UUUCCAACAGGAAGUUGUGAACAGAGUUUAAAAGCUGCUGCAGGACUGCAGACAUUCACAUGAAGCUGGACAAGCAAUGGCUCUGCUGAAAGUUCUGCUGCUGCUGGGGCUGGGAGUUUCAGUGAACUCAGAUGUUUCUCUGCAGAAGAGAAUCAUUGGAGGUCAAAACUGUCCUGACACGGAGCGUCUUUAUCAUGUUCGGCUGGAGAGCAGCAAUGGUACUCAUUUACACCGUUGUGGAGGAUCUCUGAUCCACUCUUGGUGGAUUCUGACUUCAGCUCACUGCUGGCCGUUUGAGCCAGGAUGGACUAACGAAAUAGUGAUAAAAGUUCAUCCACGGACUGCUGGGGAGCAGAGAAGGAUAAUCCAACAAGCUCCUGUGAUUUAUAGUCACGGAGGCCAGCAGCAUGACAUCAUGUUGCUGGCGCUUGAGAGAUCAGUAACAGAUGUCCCACUUGCUCCGCUACCAGACUGCAGGCAUCAUAUUAGAGUAGGCCAUGUUGUUCAGCUGGCAGGAGAGGGAGCAACAACAACCGGCCCCAAUAAUCAGCGAUUGCUCCCCGGUGCUGCUAUUCCACCACAUCUUCAAUGUGUCGACAUGAGAGUUGUUCAGACUUCCCUCAACGUGCCGACACGUGGGCAUGUAUUCUAUGCUGCAGCACCGAACAAGGAUGUCUGCUAUGGCGACACUGGUGGAGCAGCGAUGCACAACCACAUGAUUUAUGGUGUGAUUUCUCUUGGUGGAGCAAAUGCAUGUGAGAGUCCAGUUACCAUCUUGAAUGUGUGUAAAUACAAGGACUGGAUUAGAAGAACACUUGGGAUUCACUAAAACAUAAACUAUUAUGAAAUAAAAUUCUCAUCAAAUUUCCUUUCUCAAAUUUUAUAAUUGUAUCUUCAUCAGUUUGAUCCACAUGUUUGUAGAAUUAGAAUAAACCAAUAGAUUUUUUUUCUCACAUGAUCUUGACCUCCCUAAUGGAGCUUUCUCUUCACCUCAGAAAUGAAAAUAAAUAAAUGCAUGAAAAAGAAACA